AUGGCUAGUCGCAAGGUAAUUCUUUUAGUGGAUGGUGCAAAAUCUCAUUCUUGGAGUAAUUUGAACCUUCAUAAUACAACUGUUCAUUGCCUUCCUCCGAACACUACAUCUCGCCUUCAACCUAUGGAUGCCAGUAUCAUUAUGUCAUUCAAACAUCGCUAUCAUAGUUAUUUUAUAAAGUGGUUGCUUAAUCAGUAUAAAUGUGGAAAGGAUAAUAAAAUGAAUGUUCUUACUGCUAUAAAAUAUAUUGCUUGCGCAUGGAGAGAAAUAUUAUCAGAAACAGUGCAUAAUUGCUUUAAACAUAUUGGAAUCCUUCCAGUUAUUCAAGAUAAUGAAGAACUUGUUAGUAAUUAUAAUGAUGAUGAGUUAAUAAAAGAAUUGCAUAUGGAUAUUGAGGCACUCUGCCUUCAAAAUGUAAUGGAUCUUGACAAUUUUAUUAAUUAUCCGGAAGAAAGUGAUACAACUGAAAUAUUAACUGACCAAAAAAUCCUAAACCUAACCACUAGUGUGGUACCUGAGAAAAAUUAA